CACGUAUUCGUCCCCAGGAAGGGCGACAGUUAAAGUUCAGGGACGUCACUUCCUGGUAUCGAAAGGGUUCGGUGGUGAGUCAAGUUCGGCUAACGGUUAAACAAACGGAAGAAAAAUCAGUUGCAACGAAAUCCGACCGUAGGAGGAGAAAGAGGGAGCGAGAGAAAGAGAUUCGCAACACGGUCUCAUCACCAUAGGUGAUGGGUCGAGAUGCGAGUGGGGCCAGGGCAGGUAUAAAAGGGGCACCGUGGCAUCCACAGAGCAUCAGUCCUCAAAUCCAGGAACAGCAGCAACCAUGAGGGCAUUCAUGAUCGUGGUGCUCGCCGCAACGGCGAUGGCGCGACCGGAAGCUGGCUACUCUUACUCCCAACCGAGCUCUAGCUAUGGAGCACCAGGUGGAACCGGAGGAGGAGGUGGCCUCGGAGGUGGCCUCGGAGGUGGCCUCGGAGGUGGCCUCGGCGGUGGACAUGGCGGAGGAUUAGGCGGAGGACUGGGCGGAGGCCUCGGAGGUGGACUCGGGGGUGGACUCGGUGGCGGACUCGGUGGUGGAUUCGGCGGCGGAUUCGGAGGUGGCUUCGGAGGAGGCUUCGGUGGCGGUGCUGGCGGUGGUGGCGGUGGCGGCGGUGGCGGCGGCGGCUUCGGCGGUGGAUCCCUCAUCCAGAAGCACAUCUACGUCCACGUACCACCACCAGAAGCACCGGAAGAAAGGCCGCUGAGACCCAUCGCGCCACCAGCGCCAGCUCAGAAACACUACAAGAUCAUCUUCAUCAAGGCGCCUACUCCCCCGACUCCAACCGCACCUGUCAUUCCUGCUCUUCCUCAGCAAGACGAACAGAAGACGUUGAUCUACGUGUUGGUUAAGAAGCCCGAAGAAGCGCCAGAAAUCAACCUACCUACAAUCGCGCCGACGCAACCCAGCAAACCGGAAGUUUACUUCAUCAAAUACAAGACGCAGAAAGAAGUCACGUCCGGAGGUGGUGGUGGAAUCGGCGGAGGACUCGGCGGAGGACUCGGCGGAGGACUCGGCGGUGGUCUCGGAGGUGGACUCGGCGGUGGUCUUGGAGGUGGACUCGGCGGUGGUCUGGAUGGACACGGCAGUGGUUCCACUGGCAUCGGUGGUAGCGGGCCGAGCGGACCCAGCUCGAACUACGGGCCCCCCGGCGGAUCAGGGCCUUACUAGUCACACAAAUUGCCCGUUGAAGCUCCACAGAUCCUCCUCUACUCGCAAUCGGCCCAAUACCCACGCUCCGCGACACGCACGCAUUCACGACUUCGGGCACGGCUUCGGCCAUGGCUCAACGGCGAUCCUUUUGGACGCUAUUCUCUGUGAUCCCACGUGGACGACCGUGGUGACGAGCAGGAUCACGUUCGAGCAAGAAAUGGAGGCUGCGAUCCGGUCGAUCGCUGUCCUCACGACGACGACGCUUACGUCGGUCCUGCUCGCGAUUUGGAGUUGCGCGAUAAUUACGACUUACGUGAGAACGACCGCGAUCAUAUGGAUGACCGUGAUGAUUACCAAGACGAUGACCACGAUCAUGAUGAUGAUGAUGCUGAUGAUGAUGAUUAUUCUAACGUUGGUUAGAAAUAAGACGACGACGACGACGACUAGGAUUAAAAGUUUUUUUAUACGUUAUUUUUUGCAAGAAAACGGUGGCGAAAUAAAGCUUUUUUUAUGUAUUUUUACAUA